ACUCUCCUCCGCAAACAUGUCUGACAAACCCAAUAUGGCUGUGAUUGAGAAAUUCGUUAAGUUGAAAUUGAAGAACACAGAAACACAAGAGAAAAACCCCCUGCCAUCAAAAGAAACGAUUGAACAGGAGAAGCAAACCGGUGAAUCUUAAUGAGGCAGGCAUCGCCAAUAUGCACACUGUACAUUCCACAAGCAUUGCCUUCUUAUUUUACUUCUUUUAGCUGUUUAACUUUGUAAGCUGCAAAGUUGGAUCAAGUUUAAAUAACUGUGCUGCCCCUUUUCACAUCCAAGAACUACUGA